AUGGCAAGCCUACGAAAAACACACCCUCUCAUUAAAAUCGCUAACGACGCACUAGUUGACCUACCAACACCAUCCAACAUCUCAGCAUGAUGAAACUUUGGAUCCCUCCUAGGACUAUGCUUAAUUACCCAAAUUUUAACCGGCCUAUUCCUAGCCAUACACUACACCUCAGACAUUUCAACCGCAUUCUCAUCUGUUACCCACAUCUGCCGAGACGUAAAUUACGGCUGACUAAUCCGUAAUGUACACGCCAACGGAGCAUCAUUCUUCUUCAUUUGCAUCUACAUACACAUCGCCCGAGGCCUAUACUACGGAUCAUACCUUUACAAAGAAACCUGAAACAUUGGUGUAGUCCUUCUACUACUAGUCAUGAUAACAGCCUUCGUUGGCUAUGUUCUUCCAUGAGGACAAAUAUCCUUUUGAGGCGCCACAGUAAUCACAAACCUCCUAUCUGCCGUACCAUACAUGGGAGACAUGUUAGUCCAAUGAAUCUGAGGUGGGUUCUCAGUAGACAAUGCAACACUAACACGAUUCUUCGCAUUCCACUUCCUACUACCAUUUGUUAUUGCCGCCGCAACCAUCAUCCACCUGCUGUUCCUCCACGAAACAGGAUCAAACAACCCGAUCGGACUAAACUCAGACGCAGACAAAGUCUCUUUCCACCCGUACUUCUCAUACAAAGACCUCCUUGGGUUCGUAAUUAUACUCCUAGCUCUUACACUACUAGCACUAUUCUCCCCUAACUUACUAGGAGACCCAGAAAACUUCACCCCCGCAAACCCUCUAGUUACACCACCCCACAUCAAACCAGAAUGAUACUUCCUAUUUGCCUACGCCAUCCUACGAUCAAUUCCAAACAAACUCGGAGGUGUCCUUGCACUCCUAUUCUCCAUUCUGGUAUUAAUAGUAGUACCACUACUACACACCUCAAAACAACGAGGACUAACAUUCCGCCCCAUCACCCAAUUCCUAUUCUGAACCCUAGUAGCGGACAUAAUUAUCCUAACAUGAAUUGGAGGCAUACCAGUAGAGCAUCCCUUCAUCAUUAUUGGACAAAUUGCAUCCGUCCUAUACUUCGCACUAUUCCUCAUUUUUAUGCCACUAGCAGGAUGGUUAGAAAAUAAAGCACUAAAAUGAGCUU